CAGGUGGAUUUUGGAGAGGAAAUACCUUUCUGUCGCUCUCUCUUUGGUUUUUUUCAUAAACACUUUUCUGGUCCUUGAUUGGCUAUGAAAUCAUUGUCAAUGGUUGGAGAUCUGUAUAUUAGCGCGGCAGGAAUCGGAGUACAGGCAGAAGGGACUGAGCAAAAAACCCCACCUCAUCAGAAAACACCACCUCACCAGAAGACAAGAUGUUUAUGCUAACACAGACAAACCUGCAGAAGGCCCUCGUCUCGGCGGUGACCGUGCUGCUCCUCCUUAUUGCACCAGGACAGUCUGAGGAUCUCCAGGCUACUGCAGCUCCUCUGGUGCUGAAUUCAUCUCUGACUACGGGGCCCUCCAACAGCAGCAUGGAGAAACCUAAAGUCCAGGCAUUACACCUGCCAUGUGGAAGUGAACAUGAUGCAUACUGUGCAAAUGGUGGCCAGUGCAUGUACCCUCAAGACAGUAACAAGCCCUCCUGCAUCUGCACGGAUUCGUACAGCGGACCCCGCUGCAUGGUCCCCAGCGCCCUCACCCACUCCCAGCCCGGCCUGGAGAAGGUGAUCGCCAUCACCUUUGGCGUAAUCAUGGUCGUCUGCAUCCUGGCAAUUAUUAUUUUGCGCUGUGUCUAUAAGAAAUGUGUAAAAGAAACACCACUAAAAACAAAGGCUAUGACCCAGACGUUGGUGUGACAUCACCAACUCAUCGCUCCUUCCUAUGAUCAUCGCUGUGACCGCCUUUAUCAAUAUCAUCAGUCUCUGGAAAAGCAUCAAUGGGACUUCCUUUAAGUUUUUUAUACAAAUAAGAAGCAUCACCUACAUAGCAAAUUGGUCUUGUUUUUAGUUUUCAUUUAUUUUGUUUUACUUUUUUUGGGGAGUUGAUGUACACAAGUAUUUAAACAAAAUUUUUUGGAGUGUAAAAAGAGAAAAAAGGUGGAUUAUGAGCAACUGUCAGUAAACUUGGUACUGUUGUUUGCAUGUUAAGAUAUUAAGUAAGCAUUACUUAAGUCAGUAAAUAUUAGUAAUUUAAUACUUUACAGUAUUGUCUUUUAAAGAAUAAGAACAAACUAUUUAUUUUCUUCAUUUUUUUAAGGACAAGAUACAAUGACCUUUUGUACUACCUAUUUAUUGUUAUCAUAAA